GAGCCGCUCUUACAUUUUGACGUCUUGUACGGGACAAAUGUAGUGCCUCUUGUAAGUCCUACUCAACACUACAGCUGCGACAGCUGUUCGGUUUGUCAAAAAAUUACCGCCGCGCUCAAAGAAUGGAAAUUACCUCUUAAAUUCAGUGUAAAAUUAUUAGUUUUAAUUUCUAACGUAAGCAAAUAUCGACUAGCAAUCAUGUUCGGGAAACCGUACAGGUUAAAAUCUAACAAAACCUUAAAAAACACGGAAAAAAAAUAUCUUACUCAUCGGAUACAGAGUGAGUUUUCAGUUGCAACUGAUGAGAAAGUGAAGGAAUUAGUGCCUGCUAAGUCUGCUACUAGUUGCAUGAAGGUGGUGCUUCAUUCGGGGGACACUGUAGCUGUUUAUGUAGUGGAUGGAGUGCCCAUCAUGAUAGACGUGGGUGAUAGGCUCGUGCCCACUGUUUGCGCGCUAUGGAAAGUUCCAGAUUUCGUUCCUACUAUUACAAUCCAUUCACCAGUGCUAAAUAAGAUGCAAGGUGGUGUGCCGCUGUAUGCGCCGGGUGUGGUGACGGAAGGCAGUUUUCCGCAGUUCCAGAGAGGGGCAGUGGUCGCAGCCUGCACCAGUGACAAUGCUGCAGUGGGAGUCAUUGGUCACGCCAUGAUGUCCUCUGCUGAUCUAGUCAGGGCUCCUAUGGGAGUGUGCUUAGAAACACUGCAUGUAUAUGGAGAUCAGUUGUGUAAAGAAGAGAAGUUUUCAAAAAUUGAACGACCCAAACUAGGACCAGCUUCAUACAGUGACCUCACUGACAACAUAGCUGUUGAUUUCAAACAGUUAAACAUCCAGCCAAUAAAGGAAGAAUGGCCAAGCCUAGUAAGGAUACCCCCCACACCCGUAGCAAAUGAACCAGUGACUAUUCCUGACUUGCCGGUAAAACCUGAACCAAUGGAACAGAUCUCUGAAACACAGCCUGAGGAUGAAGUGGUUGAGGAGUUGAAUGAAUCUGGUGCUACAGACUGUUCGGAGGCGGAAGAUGAGGUGCCUAGUGACAUGGACGGGCUGCUUCGGUGGUGCCUGCUGUCCUUCCUUAAAACGCAAGCCAAGCAUGUGGAGCUGCCGCUCAAAACUAACUUACUUUACAAAAACCACCUAAUGCCGUUCUGUCCGGCAGACAGGACUUUAGAAGUAAAGAAAUCUAGCUUCAAGAAGAUGGGAAAAUUCCUUGAAGCCAUGCAGAGGGAAGGCUUGGUCGAAGUCCGCGAAAUAGACAAAGGCGUGGACGCGCUAGUAUCGGUAAACACGGCACACCCGCUGGUGCGUGCUCACCGCGCGCGUGCUCCGCAGAGCAAGGACGAGCCGGAGAGAGACGAGCACGAGUACGUGCCCCCGCAGAUAAGGGAGCUGUACUGCAUCACCGCUAACGUUGUGGAAUUGUUCGCGCCGCUCAGGAAAGGCACCGCGCUGACUGCGGCCGACGUGCGACAAGCGAUCGUGCAGCACGUCACAGACAGAAAGCUAACGCAUCCGCAGGCGCGCGGCUGCGUCACGCUCGACCACGUGCUGGCAGCAGCCACGGGGAAACAGCCACAGGAGCUCAUGAAGUGGGAGGAACUUACAACGUGCGUGCUCGGGCGAAUGACGCCCAGUACGGAGACACGCUUCAGUGAUGGCACAGUCAAAUUGACUAAAUCAAGGCUCGAACCCAUCAAGAUGCAGGUCGUCACUCGCAGUGGGAACAAGAAGGUGACGCUGGUAUCAAACCUGGAGUCGUUUGGGUUCAGCCUGCGCCCUCUCGCGCACGCGUGCCAACUGCUCGCAGGCGCGGCGUGCGGCACCACGCGCAGCGCGGCGUCCAAAACUGACCAGCUCAUGCUUCAGGGCGACCAGACACAUCUUGUGGCGAAACUGCUGAUAGAAAAGUAUGGCUUGCCCAAGAAAUUCGUAGAAGGAGCUGAUAAGGCUUUAAACAAGAAGAAAUAAACUAAUCUAAGUAAUUUACUAUAAAUAUACAUUAUGUAUUAGUUACGUUGAAAUAAAACUGCCUGAUGUUAACCUUAA